UCUCGGUUGGUGCCAUCUUCAGUGAGAAGCAACUGGUGUCGUGUCUCUGUCGCUGCUGUCUCCAUAGUGCACUUGGUUGACGGACUGGUCUUCUGACAGGACCAGCGGAGCCCCAAAGGCACUCAGCUGCCAUGAAUCCCGAUGAUGAUGCCACCAGUGGCUUCCGGCAUGCCAAGGUGUUAAUGUUCAUCAAGGAGCAAAUGGCCAAGCAUGCCAGAGGCCCCGAGUUCUACCUGGAGAACAUGUCCCUGUCCUGGGAGGAGGUGGAAGACAAACUCAGAGUCAUCCUGGACAGCAGCGAGGUGCCUCGGGAAGCUCAGGAAGCCUGUGCCUGGAGCAGCCUGGCCUUGGGUGUUCGCUUCGCUCUCCGACAAAGCCAGUUGCAGGGGCGCAGGGUGCAGUGGCUGCAUGACUUCGCCAGCCUGCACAGGUCGGCGGCACAAGUCUUGGCGUCAAACCUGAAGAAGCUCACAGACCAGCAAGAGAUGGAACGCAAGGAGGUGGCCUUCCAGCUUCAUUUGGCCCACAACAAACUCGCAGAGCUGCAGCGAGAGCGAGACCUGAUGAGACUGAAGCUCCUACACGCGGAGCUGAGGGCUGUUCCAGCUAUACAGAUGCCAAUUAUGACUAGUGUCCCUGCUGUUGCUGUUCUUCCUGCUGUUGCUGCUCCUCCUGCUGUUGCUGUUCAUCCUGCUGUUGCUGUUCAUCCUGCUGUUGCUGUUCAUCCUGCUGUUGCUGCAGCUGCAGCUGCUGCCACCACUGGAGGGGCACAGGCAGGGCCAGAGAUACAAAAUGCAGGAGAGAAAGAAGAGGUGACAGCUAGUCAUACAGCAAAGGAGAUGGAAGGGGCUAUAGCCAUGGCUGCCCCUAAGGCAUCCACAUUGGAGUCGAAAGGAAGCAUCCCAGAGCAUCCUGGAGCUGAGGAGUGGCAAAUUUAUCCCCUGGGCUUAGAGAAACAGGAGGAGGAGGAAAGGAAAUCUUUGGGAACACACACAAAUCCUGACUUCACGCAAUUGGUUCUUGGGUCCGCAGGCUCCCCACAACCUGUUAAAAUCCAACUCCCUGUCUCAUUUACGUAUUCAUAUGAAAGCCCCUUCCCUGUCACACCCACUCCAUCCCCACCACCAAGCACAAUCAUAGAACCUCAGAUGCCUCCCUACUUCAUGGCCACUGAUAUGAAUAUGUCCGAAGCUGAGGGCCCAACAGUGUACCUCCAGGAUCCCCCUAAAGUUAGCUAUGAUAGUGAACCCCAGCAGCAGAGAAAAAUAACAUUUUGCAUGCCUGGGAAUUGGGAUUGCCCUUGGUGUAAAUCUAUGAAUUUUUCAGGGAAGGAUGCUUGCUUCCACUGUGGGAGGCAAGGCUGGCUGCCAAACCCACAGUGAGUUUAAAAAAAUGUGAUACAGAACAGCAAUCUCCCAAAGGGGAGAUCAAUUUUCAGAGGUGGGAAAGGGAAGGGGGCUUCAUGGGAAUGGGAGGGGAGGGAUAGGGUGCAGGAAGGGCAAGUUUUGAUUAUUUCUUUUGUAGUUCAGAUUGUUUGCAUUCAGUACCUUUGAACUGCUUCAGUGAGUGUGUAUGUGUGUUUGGGUGUGCAUAUGUAUAUCCCCUUCUGGUACUGCGAAAUAUACAAUACACCACCCUUUCCACAUACCUAGGCUUUAAGAGAUAGGGCUAUAGUGGUUAUUCAACCCAUUCUAAGCCAAACAUUUUCAGGCUGGAGGAUCUAAACAGAAGUAGCUGUCUGAGAGAGGAGUGGGUGGAGUCAGUGGAAGUUGGGCCCAGGGUCAUAGCCAGUGACAAUGGAGGUACACCCCAUUCCUGGUCCUGGCUAAGGUAGGGAACAGAAUCAGCUGCUUUCUAGACAUUUUUAGACUGAUACUAGUAGGAGACUCCCAAGAGCUGACAAAUAUAAAGAGACACGAGGAGUUGAUCAACUGGCUUCCGAGAACUCAGCUACUUUUCAUUUCUCUGCAGUUGUGUUAAAUAAAGUUCCGUUUUUAUUUAAGUCACUUCUCCUUAAUUUUUAACAAGUAGUGUUCUGAGCAACUAUAUCAUUCUCAUAUCAGCUAACUUUUCUUUUAUAUCUUGAUUUUUUUUAUUAAAAAAAAAAAAAACAAGGGCUCAUAUGACCCAGAUUGGCCUCAAACGCAUUAUGUAGCUGACUCCAGAUCCUCCUGCCUACACUUCCCAAGUGUUGGAACUGACAGGAGAGUUGAAAAAGUGGAUAGCAAACAGUGGUGACUCUUUUAUACCAAGGCCCCAGGAAUAAACUGGAUAGGACACUUAUGUUCUGCAGGAAUUCUAUUGCCAGAAAUAGCUCAAACCUGGGGUGGUUGUUCCCAGGAGUGAACUGGAUAGGAGACUCGAAUUCCGAGAGAGUAAUAUCACAAGAAAUUAAAUAAUCAAAUGAGACCUGGAAUAAAUUAAUCUCAGGUUUAUGCUUGACUCAAGUUAACAUGGCAGAGAUCUGCCACCUGUAGGAGAGUUCUGAGAGACUACAGAGGAUGCUAGCACCAGGUACAAGCAAGGAUUUCUAUGAUUAUACAGGCUCUUAACAGAAAUCUUCCCUAGCCCCAUUGGGCAGAACCAGAGACAGAUCUGAACAGGAAACAUGCCAACUGCUCCAAGGUGAGUCAGCUACUGAGAGUACACAGAGGGUUUGCCAGUCCAUAUGGGCCAAAGCAUAGUGCUAGCUGGUGGCAUUUUCUCUUCCAAGUCAACAUCAUGAUAAAUGGAGGAGAACGUGGAUUUCAUAGGCUCUCAUAGGAUUUCAGUGUAUUCAGAAAGUAGAACAGAACUCUAUCUCAGUGGGAGGGCAGUGGUGGAGGAAGGUAGGAGUGGUGGGGGUAAAAGGUAGGAGGGGGCUCAGCCUGUUUCUCUCCCUUUAUGGCUAUAAAGUGUGUUGAGGGGAAUUAUAUGUGUUUUAGCCCUCAGGUAGAAGGAAGGAAAAGGACUAUCUGGACUGGACUGAGACACAACUGGAGGAAUCCUAUUUCCCAGAGACUAUAAACCUGGAGAAUAUGAAGCUGUUGUGGCCCAUGGGAAACCUGUAGCAUCAGAAAUGUGAUUUGGGGUUGUCUGUUAUUGGUGAGGAAACAGAUGCCUCCAAGAUUGCAAGCCAGAUCCCUAUCCUGCAAUUUUUGGAACACCUUUUUGGGCUUGCUGGAUUUGGAUAGUUCUUUGCUGUGGGUUAGGAGGUCCUGUGUACUGUAGGGAGUUCAGCAGAUUCCUAACCUCUACCCACAGUAUGUCCAUCUGGGUGACCUACUCCUUACUUCCUACUCCUGUUGUUUGGUGUAAGAUAAAAACACUUAAAAUUCUUAGAUAUCUAUAUGUAUGCUAUAUGUAAAUAUGUUACAAGUUUAUAUCUAUGAAGUCUAUAUUUCAGUAACUACUGAAAAAAUGGAAAAGACAUUUAGCAAACAGGCAGGGGAGAGAAGGCAGUGUGGUAUGUGGGUAUAGAAUACAAUACAGCAAAGUUUGAAAAAAAAGGUUUUUCUUUUUGUACUAAAGUGUUUUGAAAGUAAUAAGGUGUUCAUGAAAAUAAAAGCUAUUUACCCA